AGGGGAAGGGAAGGGGAAGGGGAAGGGAAAGUGAGGAGAAAGAUCAGAAAAUUGGGACGCAUUUGUUUCUUGGGAAAAGAGUUGCCUUUUUUUUUGGGGCUUGAUUCUGUCCAGAGUUGGCUGUUUUCUGGAGCUGUGAAGAAAGCUUUUUGAGGAGAAACGAUUUCAGGUAACAUUAAAUGAAAACUGGAAUUAACCAGGCACAAUUCAAUCAUGGAUGCCACUUCAAGAACAAUCUAAGAGCAGGAUAUUUGACUGCUAAUAGGUUUAAAGGGGUAUUGAUUAUCAGCUGCAUAAUUGAAACUGAAAUUGCCGUGUGUAACACCAUAAUAGAUUGGUUGGCCACCGUUAACGAGGCAAGACCCGCCGCCAUUUUGAGACAAGACAGCAGGAUUAAUCUUUUCAGCGCUUUGAAAGCCGGAGCAGGACAGCUUGACCUGGGUCUGAGUGCAAGUGCAAUCGUUAAAGAUGUUGAUAUAGUGAUGCAUUUAGAAACUGUACCUGCGCUCAAUAGACCAAGAAAGAGAGGCAAGCAAAGGAUCUUGAAAAUGGCUGCCAUCUUCUUUGUUCUCGUCUCUUUUCAAAGAUUCUGAUCUUAAAGUGUGCUACUUUUAUCUGCAUAUGCAUAAGAGAACUUCGGAAUUUAUACAUGCAAGACUUUCAAAUGUAUAUGGAAAAAACGAGCAUUGGAGGGUAAGAAUUAAUUUGCAUGCGAAGGGGAAUCCAUAUACAUGGGAUGGUAUAUUCAUAGUGGACUAGCUUCAAAGAUGUCUGUCUCGUUAUCAAUGAAACAAUUAAGACGCCAAAAGAUUUUUGCUAAAAAACAAAGAAAGAAUCUCUCCAUGCAUAUAAACCUGAUUAUAUUUCAUUAAAUUAGAGAUUUUAUUAUAUCAACGGUGUAUUUGACACAUUCCAUUUAUUUUUCUUUAAUAAGAAAAAUAAACCCGAUAUAAUUUUUUCUUAACGGGGAGGACUCGUUAAGAGAGGCAUUAGGUGAUCAAUUUGGUGUUUUUUUUUUUUUUUUUCUAUGUAUGUUAAAGUGACUAAACGCAGAUAGUGGAAUUAAUGUGAUUGCGUGCAUUUAUAUAGCAAAUGAGAUACAAUUGUCAGGAAAAUCCUUUAAAAGAUGGAGAGUUAUUAAUGUACCUUUGAUUGACAUCCCAAAAUUCCAGUUCUUGUGAUUUCAUAUCAUUUCUAUUUAAAAUGUCCCAGAUUGAAUUGUUUUAAAUGUUAAAAGAAGAUUCUCAUUAGCACAUUAAUUCCUUGAUUUUUGUAUUUAAAAGGCAAUCGCUUUCUGUUUAUAUUUGAUUCUCAUUAAUUUGUUUCCCGCAAUGAUUUGUAUCCUCAUUUGCAGAUCUCUUUUCAUUUCCCAAUUUUUCCCUAUAUUUUAACCUAAGUUCUUCUAGACAGCAAGUUUGGCCAUAUUUCAGACUGGACAUUUUUUGCUAUCACAACAUGGGAUGUUUUUGGCCCACCCAUUUUUUGAAACGGCUUUUACAACAUCCAGUUCCGUUUUAACAAGCCCAAAAUCCAUCCAAAGCUACCCAUUUGUUGCUGUAGCAAUAGAUUAAAUGGUCAAUUUCGUUCAUAAACUUCUUUUUAAUGUCAAUGUGGUCCCUAUGUAAUUUUUUGGCCAACUUAAUUCCUAUACUUAUUUAGCGGUUCCAAUUACCAUGUAAUUUUGAUCAAAUUUUUAAUUGAGCUUGAUCAAAUUUCUAAU